CCCAACAGAAGUCCCAAAAACAUGGAGCGAAGAAGGGGCCGAGCUUGCCAAGAGAUAGGCCUGAGCGGCGAAGGAAUGAUCUUGUUCCGUGCAAGAAGCGCCUGGAAAUUUCUGAAAUCCUGAACUUGGGUCUUCUGCGAAUCGGCCCCGGUUGGUGAUUCUUCUCUCCCUCUUUCAAGUUUCGGGUUCCAUUCUUCCCCUCCUGCCCGAAAGACGCACGACCCACCCUCAUUUUCUCUUUGAUUCAUUGACGAUUGCAUCCCUUUGAUCCCGUUAAGUUUCGUUUCCCCCGGCAAUUCUCUCUGGGUACCGCCAUCGCUUUCUGCUGCCACUGUCCUUACCAACCUCCACGAACGACUGUUGCUACUCUGUUUUCACGACAGUCAUUGUUAUCGUACCAUCUUUGCUCUUGUGAUGAAUUCAAAGCCACGAAAGAUGGCAUCAGCUUGUUCUACGUAAGAUGCAGCUGCAAGCCCAGCAGCAAAAACUGCUCGGUUCUACGACAGGAGAAGCGGGGUGUGAUGCUUCUGUGAGUGAUUCACUCGACCGGUUGCGUUGAAAUUCGGGGGAUAUAAUUUGGUCCACGGGGGUUGGAUUAUGGCUCUUUUGAAAUUUCCGGUGAUGCAGUGGGAAAAGUCUGUUGUCUUUGGACCCAAUUCGAAACCUUUUAUGCUCCCACCAAGAAUAGAAACAAGGUUCCUCGUGAAGCCACUGGUGAUCCAAGCUAAGGCAAAUAGCCGAAUUGAAAGUCCGAAGAUCCGAAACAGGAGAAUGCGAACGAAGUAUACCGGCACCCCUACAAGACCAAGGCUUUCAGUAUUCUGUUCAGAUAAGCAGUUAUAUGCCAUGCUGGUAGAUGACCAAAACAAAAAAUGUUUGUUUUAUGGAAGCACUCUUCAGAAGUCCAUUCGGGAUAAUCCCUCGUGCACAACCAUUGAAGUGGCUCGACGUGUUGGUGAAGAGCUUAUCAAGUUUUGUGUCGACUUGGACAUUAAUGAGAUAUCAACAUAUGAUCGCAAUGGUUUAGCUCGUGGGGAGAGGAUGCAAGCCUUUGAAAUUGCAAUUGCUCGUCAUGGUUUCUUGCCUCGCUAAAUUUGCCUUGGUCCAUAAUGCUUCCUGUAAGUCCCAGUUACUUUGUCCCAGGGUAAUUUGCUUGGUGGGGCACAUUAUUAUGCUCAUCUUGACUCUUCUUUAGUGCAUCUACAUUGACAAGGCAAAA